AUCAGGCAGCGCAACAACAGCCCAUACGUAUGCUGAGCGAGCGCGUGGAGCCGUAGAGCUGCGCGAGGCAGUCAAACCACUGCCUGUCAUUAGAGAGCGUGACAGAGGAGUGUAACAGGAGAGAGAGAGAGAGAGGUAGGCGAAGUGAAGAAAGGUAGGAGGAGAAGACAGAGAAGAAGCAAAAAAAGAGGGCAAUAGAUCCUGUGCGCGAGAGAGGGUGAGAGAGAGAGAGAGAGAGAGAGAGAGAGAGAGGGGGAGACUGACAGGUGCUACCGAAACUAGACGAACCGAAGCGUCGAUAUGAGUGGCCAGUUUGAGGAAGAUAUCCACGACCGGGCCGAAAGGAAGAGCAGUAAAUCCCCGACGCCGCUGCUCUCCUCUUACUGCAUAGACAGCAUUCUGGGCCGCAGGAGCCCCUGCAAGGUCCGGCUGAUCGGUGCGCAAAGUUUGACGGGUCUGCCCGGGAGAGGGGAGCUCGACAAGACGGCUGACAGAACAACCAAAGACCCACUUUCCCUCAGCGCAGAAAUGCACCUGCCACCAAAGCUCCGCCGACUGUACGGACCCGGCGGCAAGUACCUCCAUGAGCACACGGAGAGUCUGGACCGGGAGCGGCUCCUCCUGGAGCAGGCAAGUGAAAGCCUUAAAAUCAGCCAGGCGCCACAGGUGAGCAUCAGCCGCAGCAAAUCCUACCGGGAGAACGCGUCUCUGAGCCGGGGAGAGGGCGACCGGAGCCCGGGCGAGGGCUCGGAGGACAGCAGUCUGGGACUGGUGGAGCUCGGCCCACUGAAGUUCGAGGAGGACACGGGGAAGGAGGAGAGCUGCGGGGACCCGGUCGCUCUGUCCCCGAAGGACGAGGAGAGAGAGAGCUUGAACGCCGGGGAUGGGGACGUGAGGGACGGGGAGGACAGCGUGUGUCUGUCGGCGGGCAGUGAUUCAGAGGAAGGGAUGCUGAAACGGAAGCAGAGAAGAUACAGGACUACAUUUACCAGUUACCAACUGGAGGAACUGGAGAGAGCUUUCCAGAAGACACAUUACCCCGACGUGUUUACCAGAGAAGAGCUCGCGAUGCGUCUGGAUCUCACCGAGGCCCGCGUUCAAGUGUGGUUUCAGAACCGCAGGGCCAAAUGGAGGAAGCGUGAGAAGGCCGGGGUGCAGGCCCACCCAUCGGGCCUCCCCUUCCCUGGUCCCCUGGCAGCAGGCCACCCUCUCAGCCACUACCUGGAGGGCGGGCCCUUCCCUCAUCACCACCACCCUGCCCUCGAGUCCGCCUGGACAGCCGCCGCAGCUGCAGCCGCUGCCUUCCCUGGCCUGGCCCCUCCUCACAAUGGCUCUGCUCCGCCCCUGGCCACCCCACUCGGCUUAGGCACUUUUCUGGGCACGGCUGCCAUGUUUCGGCACCCUGCCUUCAUUGGACCCACCUUUGGCAGGCUCUUCUCCAGUAUGGGGCCCCUGACCAGUGCUUCCACUGCUGCAGCUCUCCUCCGCCAGCCUGCCCCUCCUGUAGAGAACCCCCCUCACGCGGGCCCAGUCGUCCCCGAUCCUUCCUCUUCUUCCUCCAACUCAGCAGACCGCAGGGCCUCCAGCAUCGCAGCACUGCGCCUCAAGGCCAAGGAACACUCGGCUCAGCUUACCCAGCUGAACAUCCUGCCUGCCGGAGCAGCAGGGAAGGAGGUGUGCUGAACACUCGACACCAGCUUUAGGCCUCUCUGUCCUGGGCUGACGUCCCAUUCCAUGACACCCACCACCCCCCCAAAACAACCCACUCAUACCUCUGGAGACUGAUGUCCCUCUUGUCCGACUGUCCCCCGUUACCUCAAGAUUCCCCGACAAAAUAGCACAACCAAAUUAAGGAAGAGCAGUAGCUAUAAAAAAAAAAAAAAAAAAGUUGUGUGUUUGUGUGUCUCUGG